AUGAAUAUAUGAGCUAGAUUUUUAGAACAGAUUUUAUUUGCUGUUUAUUAUCUCGUGGAUUUCUUCGUACAGGAAUUUUACACAUAGAAACUCAGAUCAUAUUAUUUGUUUCUUUAGGGUGAACAAAAGGAGCACAACAAUGGUAAACUGAUCAAGUCAUAAAUGUAUCAAUAUUUCAAAAAUUGUAAGUCCUCGUAAGUAUUUGACUUGAAUAAAUAGGCUGCAACUUCACUUCUUCGCUAAACCAUAGAGAUAUCACUGCGAAGCGAGAGAUGCUAUUUGCUGUUGCGGAGGACAUCUACCAGCAUUGAAGCAGCGUCAACACAGAAGAUAAACUGUACCAGAAAUUUUUUUUAUUUGCCAUAGACUUUUUCAGAGACUUGAUUGUCAAAUGAUCGGCUUUAUGAUAUGAGCCUAGGUGACCAACAUCUCCAGCCAUUUGUCGGGGCCAGAGUUGUCCGUGGCCCAGAUUGGAAGUGGGGCAAACAAGAUGGCGGCGAUGGCCACCUAGGCACUGUAAGAAACUUUGAAAGUUCUGAAGAAGUUGUCGUGGUUUGGGAUAAUGGAACGGCGGCAAAUUAUCGGUGCAAUGGUGCUCAAGAUCUAAGAAUAUUAGACAGCGGGCCAGCAGGGAUUAAGCAUGAAGGUACAAUGUGUGAAGGUUGCAGAGUGCAGCCAAUUUUUGGGACUCGUUGGGAAUGUUCCGAGUGUGUCAGCUAUCACCUAUGUUCAAACUGUUACCAUGGGGAUAAACAUCAUCUCAGACACAAAUUCUUUAGGAUCCCAAUGCCAGGAAGAAUAAGAAUAUUAACGGAGACAAGGAGGAAAAGCAAGAAGAUAUCUGCACGAGGGCUAUUUCCUGGAGCGCGUGUGGUGCGAGGAGUUGAUUGGCAAUGGGAGUGUCAAGAUGGUGACCCUGGACGUCGCGGGAAGAUCACUGAAAUUCAAGACUGGAGUGGCACUAGUCCAAGGAGCGCCGCUUACGUCAUGUGGGAUAGUGGGACAAAGAACCUUUAUAGGGUUGGGUUCGAAGGAAUGGUUGAUGUCAAAGCUGUCAGUGAGGCAAAGGGGAAUUCUUUUUAUCGUGACCAUUUACCGGCGCUUGGUAUAACAUCGAACGAGUCAGCCACACGGAACACAAGGUGGUCCAUAGGCGAUCGUGUCAAAAUCGAUCUUGAUUUAGAAGUGGUUCAGUCUUUGCAGCAAGGACACGGGGGAUGGACCUACGGAAUGUACGAGGCCUUGUGUGGUCCUGGAACUAUUGUUGGCUUUGAUGAAGAUGAUGACGUAAUUGUGGUUUAUCCUGGUGGAAACAGAUGGACAUUCAACCCUGCUGUAUUAACCCUGCAUGAAAUAGACGCGGAGGUAGAGGGUAUUCAUAAUGUUUCAUUUGGAAGUGACAGCAGGACUUCCACCGCUAUGGCAAAUACAUACAACUCAAACUCGCCCACACAACUAGAACCAGAAUCGGGUCCAGCUGCUUCUGAAACAUCUGUUCUUCAAGUGGGGGACCUUGUGCAAAUAUCCAGUGAUAUUGAGCGUGUUAAAGUUCUUCAAAGAGGACACGGGGAAUGGACUGAAGCAAUGAUCCCUACAUUAGGGAAAAUCGGCAGGAUUCAGCAGAUUUAUCAUGAUAAUGAUUUAAAGGUCGAGGUUGCAGGAACAAGCUGGACCUAUAACCCUCAAUGUGUAUCAAAAAUAUCUGCUGAAGGAAACUCAUCAGAGCCUGUCUCUGUUCUUCUGAUGAAGCUAUUCGAGUCGCACACUUCUAGGGACCCAACAGAGGAGCUUGUCAAAGCAGCCGCUGAGGGUGAUGCACAGAAAGUGGAAGAGCUUCUUGGAAACAGGGAAUUACCAGUUAAUGGUGUGUUCGCUGGUCACACAGCUCUGCAAGCAGCCAGUCAAAAUGGUGCAGUUGAUGUUGUUAGAUUGCUUAUUCGACAUGCAGCUGAUCUUGAAAUAGAGGACAAAGAUGGAGACAGAGCAAUCCAUCAUGCUGCCUUUGGAGAUGAAAUAACCGUUCUAGAAUUGCUGGCGCAAGCUGGGGCAGAUUUGAAUGUACGGAAUAAGAGAGGCCAGUCUCCGUUGCAUGUUGCCAUCAACAAGGGCCAUGCUGGUGCAGUUAAAUGCUUGCUUAGUCUAAAGAGUCAUCCAUGUCUGCAAGAUUCUGAAGGCGACACUCCUCUACACGAUGCCAUAACAAAACGCCGAGAUGAUAUGGUGAAGCUCCUGCUAGAUUUCAAAUCAGACAUUACAAUUGCAAACAAAAAUGGCUUUAAUUGCCUCCACCAUGCAGCGCUUCGUGGAAACCUUGGUGCUGUGAGGGCCAUGCUGGCGACCAAGCCACAACCCAGGGCAGUGAACGAGAAGAAAGAGGAUGGUUACACUGCCUUGCAUCUUGCAUCUUUAAACAAUCAUGUGGAGGUAGCUGAGCUGCUGAUACAACAGGGCAAAGCUGAUAAGGAUAUUCAGAAUCUGAAUUUGCAGACACCGUUGCAUCUUGCUGUGCAGCGACAGCAUACACAGAUUGUCAGGUUGCUAGUGAGGGAAGGUGCCCAGCUAGAUGUCCCGGACAAGGAUGGUGACAGUCCGUUACAUGAAGCACUUAGAUACCAUACACUGCUCCAACUCAAGCAGUUGCAGGACGUGAAAGAUGUUGGAAAGCUUCUCAUGGGUUUUGGCAUGCCUGGCUCAGAGAAAAAAAGCAGUGCAUCAAUAGCCUGCUUUUUGGCAGCGCAUGGUGCUAACCUCACGCUGAAAAACAAGAAAGAUCAAACUCCACUAGAUUUAUGUCCCGACCCUAACCUCUGCAAAGCACUUGGCAAAUGCCAUUUGGCAAGACCGAGGACUGAAGGGGAAAAUCUUAGUAACAAAAACACGAAUCCAAAGGCAGCUGAUAUGUCUUCAGAUAUCUCACACGAAUGUAUUGUUUGUUCCGACAUGCCGCGUGAUACUUUAUUCAUACCUUGCAAUCAUAUCGCGACGUGUUCGCUGUGUUCGCCACGUGUAAAAAGAUGUUUAAUUUGCAAAGUGCAAGUGCAAUCAAGAAUAAAGGUCGAAGAAUGCGUCGUUUGCUCUGACAAGAAAGCCAGUAUACUCUUCAAGCCUUGUGGCCAUAUUUGCGCAUGUAGCGGUUGUUCCCAGCUGAUGAAGAAAUGCGUGCAGUGUCGAACACCCAUUGAGAAUGUCGUGAAUUACUCUAAUCUUUGUGGCUUCAACGAUUCAAGUAAGAUUGAUAAGCCAAACAAUUUGAGUAAAGACAGCAACGUAACCAAUGAUGAAGUGAAUCAAUUAAAACAGCAAUUAAAGGAAAUUAAGGACCAGACUUUGUGCCCAGUGUGCAUGGACCGUCGACGCAACUUGAUAUUUCUUUGUGGCCACGGGGCCUGCCAGUUUUGCGGGGACCGUGUAAGAGAAUGCCCAAUGUGCAGGAAACCUAUAGAGAAAAGAAUUUUGCUCUUUUAACGCUUGGCAUAGUGUGAAGUAAAUUUAGCUAUGGAUAAAAGGUGCGUAUGUUACAACUAGUGUUGUUAGAAGCAACAUUAGAAUGUGUUCGCAAUUUUUAUAAUAACUGUUGUCACAUGAAUGCACAUAAUGCACUGCAUAUCGGGCCUGUGAAGCCAACUUUUUAUAUUCUCAAAUUUGCAGUGUUGUUGUUAGUUUAUCUUCAUGACGUCACUAUCAGGAGUCGGUUGCUGCGGAUGACGUAAUAUUCAGUGAAUGUCUGCAAGAUCAGGUUUUCGUAUCAGAGCCUGCACCUUGAACUUGAAAGCAGAGGGACCACUGUAAAGAAAAUGACUUGUAAUCCAUUUUUUGCAGUAUAUCCUGUUGAAACGUCCGAGAGCAAUGGCUAUUUGUUUGUCCUCCCACUUUAGCUAACCCCUGGUAGAUUAACACAGGAAGUGCGAGAAGACAACGGCAAAGGCUAAAAGACUAGGCACAAGAUUGUAUAGGAACCCGUUAGUGACGUCAUCGGCAGUGGGAUGGAAACGCCCUACACAGGGAUAACAUCGUGAUUUUUCCCUGUUGUGGCAUUGAUUUCCCAUCAGCAACAGGUUACAAUAUAUUGGAGUGUCAGCCAAGGAAUAAGAUUAUACUUGCCACAACUGAUAUUGUGCGUAUAGACUGUGCACUUGAAGUCUAGGCGUGUCGUAAUUCUGAAGAAUGCAGAGGGUCCAGAGGAACUUCAUCAUGGACACAUUAAAGUGUCCAGGAAAUAGAUUGUGGUAAAACUGACCCCUCUGAUGGUCCAACUGCCAAUGGGCGGUUUGAUUUUGACGAUUUUAGCCAGAAUGUGGGCCAAUAUGACUGAAAGCUUACCUGGUGAAUUUUUUAAGCAGGAUUCACUGUUAAGCAGAUUUGUUGCAGAAUACAAUUUGUAGAUAUAAUUUGUAAUUUAUUUGGGUGUGCCCGUUUUUUGAAGUGUCCUUUAGUUGAGGCUUUACUCUAAUUUGUAAAGCCCUACUAGUGUCAAGAUAUUUAUCUAAGGCCCUGGUUAGAUUUUUCUAGAUUUUUCACAAACUCAACACUUAUUCAAAUGCAUGUAUUGGUUUUUAGAGGGUAUACUUAGAAAUCGGAUAAUCUUAAUAAACAGUGGGAAAUAGUAUUGGAAUUUAGCUUGUAAUGAAAGUAAAUAAUAUGUUGAUAAAAUGACAAAUAUAGCUUCCAAUGGUGCUUGAAUCUUUACCUGAAUGACCAUCUUCCGAACCCACUUGCUUUUUGGUAAUUUGGUAGAGAAACAGUUAUGGUCGGUGAAAACAAAAAGCUUGUCUGAUUAUCAAUAUAGCAUAUGUCUUCAUGUACUGGUGUUUUUUUUAAAAAACAAAGCGCAGGGUUCAGGACUAGCAGGGGUGUUGUGGCUCCUAGAAAAUGGCCGAGAGGAAAUCACCAUGAAGGGGCCUAGAAAGUUGAUAUUUUGCUAUUGGUGCAAGCAGGGUAGAUGGGUAUAACAGCAUAAAUAGUAAAGGCACAACAAAGGCACUUCUUUGAGAGUUCUUCGGUCAAUUUUUGCUAAGCUGGAGAUCUUUGAAAGGGCAUUUCUGCAGCUCUUCGAUUUUUUUAAGCUUCGAGGCUAAAAACGCAGCUAGAUCUCGCUAUAUCUCUUUGCUUUUUGGGGAUCUUCUAAGAAGACUUUUAAAAUCACACUGAAUGUUGCAUGAAAAGUUGUGAUUGUAAGCAGAGCAUGACUGGAAACCGGACUAAAUUGAGCAGCCUUUUAUGUUUGGAAUAAAAUGUUAUGAGCAUAAGCGGAGUGACUAUAAAAGCCAGCCAUUGGCCAGUCCGCUUCUGCUUUUGUAAGCG